AAGACAGAGGGACUAACUAGUACGGAUGAGCCUACAACGGCAAAAGUCAUUGAAUCCGUCCAGCAGGCUGUGGCUGCAGAAGUUGGAGCUAGGAGUUCGGAUGCUGUUGAUAUACUGGCAAGAGAAGCCGAGGAUCUUCGAAAGAAGCUUGAAGCGGAACGACAGAAAUUGAACGAUGUCUCGAGUUUGUUCCCAUUUGUUCAGUUUCUUAUAAUUGAGCAAGCGGCUGAACGGCUGGAACCACUGACACAGCUCAGCAUCAAACAGCGACGUAUUCUGAAAGGACACGCCGGCAAAGUACUUUGCAUGGAUUGGUGCCUGGAUAAACGGCAUAUUGAUGGUAAAGUGAUUGUUUGGGAUGGCUUCACAACCAACAAGGAGCAUGCUUUAACAAUGCCAACAACUUGGGUGAUGGCUUGUGCGUACUCGCCAAGUGCACAAAUGAUCGCUUGCGGGGGCCUAGACAACAAGUGUUCGGUGGUUCCUUUGAGUUUCGAAGAUGACAUUCUGCAGAAAAAGCGUUCUGUAGCCACGCAUACAAGCUAUAUGUCCUGCUGCACUUUUCUUAGAUCGGAUAACCUGCUUCUAACUGGUAGCGGCGAUUCAACAUGCGCUAUUUGGGAUGUCGAAAGUGGUCAAAUGAUACAAAAUUUUCAUGGUCACAUCGGUGACGUAUUUGCUGUUGAUGUCCCAAAAAGCGACACCGGGAAUAUAUUUAUUUCUGGGGGAGCUGAUAAACACGCGCUGGUCUGGGAUAUACGGACGGGGCAAUGUGUGCAGAGUUUCGAAGGUCAUGAAGCCGAUAUUAAUACGCUCAGAUUUCAUCCAAACGGGGAUGCAUUUGCCACCGGCUCGGAUGAUGCGUCGUGCCGGCUUUUUGACUUGCGCGCCGAUCGACAAGUUUGCGUUUAUGAGAAGGAAUCUGUUUUAUUUCCCGUUAAUGGCGUUGACUUCAGUCGGAUUCUCUUUGCUGGUUACGGUGAUUACCGUGUUGGUGUUUGGGAUUCGUUGAAAUGUGUGCGCCAUUCUGUCUUGUACGGUCACGAAAACCGAAUUUCUUGCUUACGAACAAGUCCGGAUGGAACAGCUAUUUGCACUGCUAGCUGGGACUGCACUAUUCGUGUAAGUUAUCGUGAAUUUGCUUUUCACUGAAC